AUGAAUUUGUCUUCACCGACUGGUGCAUUUGUGAGGACCAGUCGAGCUUGUUUGAAACUAGAAUUUAAGUUUAGUGAUAAAGUUUCUAUGAUUGCCUUAAUCUGCUUACCUUUGAGUAGCAUUGAUGUGAUAGUAGGGAUGGAUUGGUUGUCUGCCAAUGGUGUGACACUUGACUGUAAUAGAAAGAUAGUCUCCUUACCGGUUUACACAGUGAUAACUGUUAACCCUGAACCUGGCAAGUUAUUAUCAGUAGUGGAUUAUGAGACUCCCAACUUCUUGACAGCUCUACAAGUAGAGAAGUUAAUGAGAGAAGGGUGUCAAGCUUUCAUGAUCUAUUGUUCUACUCAUGAGGUGUAUGAUGGAGGAAUUGACAGAAUUGGUGUGGUGAAUAAGUUUCCAAAGGUGUUUGAUGACCAAAUGUCAGGAUUGCCACCUGAAAGAGAGAUUAAAUUCUUCAUUGAUUUAGUACCCGAUACCAAGCCAAUCUCUAAGGCUCUGUAUCAUAUGGCUCCUACAAAACUGGAAGAAUUGAAAAAGCAGUUAAAAGAGCUACUAGAGAAGGGAUUCAUCUGGCCGAGAUUCUCUCAAGUUGCUUCUGCUUUGACGAAGCUAACGAAGAAGGAUCAGCCAUUUGUUUGGACAGAGAAGUGUGAACAAGCGUUUCAGACUCUGAAAGAGAAGUUGACAAUAGUACUAGUAUUGACUAUUCUAGAUCCCAAAUGGCCAUAUGUGGUUUACACCGAUGCAUCACUUAAUGGACUAGGCUGUGUGCUAAUGCAAGAUGACCAGAGUUGUAGCUCACAUGUCGAGACAGUUAAGACCGCAUGA